AUGAAAUCUAUAAAACCGAUAUUAUACUUGCUAUUAGUAAAUUAAAUAUUUACUAUUGGUUUGGAUGUUACUUGUUCUGAUACAACCUGUACUACUCCAGGAGCAUGUGGGGCUCCACCUACUGUUCCUUCAGGUUUAAGCUGGUAGAAUAGUUCGACAAACGGAAAAUGCGCUAUAAGUAACUGCCCUGCAAGUGGUACUGAUUCCGGACUUAUUGGUGCCACUGAUCUUUUUUGUUAAUCUUGUCCAGGUACUGAAAAAGAUUCAAUUAAAGCCGUACACGCUAAUGCAGCUUAGACAGCUUGCGUGGCAUCACUUGAUACUUGUGGAAAGAACAGACCUCCUAAUUCAUGGGGUGAUAAUGACUGUUUAACUUGCUUUGGUGCCUCUUUGCGAUAUGCUAGAGCAGAUUAAACAGGUUGCCAAGCUACUAUACCCAAUAAUUAUGGUAAUGAUAUUACUUGUUCUUCUACUCUUCCUUGGUCAUGUGAUGCUAGAGGAGGAUGUCCAUAAGUUCCCACUUUUCCAAUAAAUUUAAAAUGGGAUAAUGGAAGUACAAAUGGAAAAUGCAAAAUUUAUGAUUGCCCCCCAGAUGGUACUAAUUCAGGACUUGUUGGUGCUUCAGAUCUAUUCUGCCAAUCUUGUCCAGGUACUUCUAAAGGAUCUUUGAAAGCUGUAUUCGCUAAUGAAGAAAUGACUGGCUGUGCUGCUUCUUCUUUUCCUUGUAUAGAUAGUAAGAGACCUGGUAAUUCUUGGACAAACGCUGACUGCCUUGCCUGCUUUGGUCCAACUAAGCAAUAUGGUUAAAUUGAUGGAACAGGUUGUGAAGCUACUCCUCCUCCUGCAAACCCUGGUGCUGAUGUUACUUGUGGAAAUGGACCUGUAAAUUGUCCAGAUAGUGGAGUCUGCAGCAAACCUCCUACAGGUUUAAAAUGGUAGAUUGGUUCAGUAUAUGGAAAAUGCUCUAUUAGAGCUUGCCCCUUAAACGGUACAGAUUCAGGUGUUUAAGGUGCAUCCGAUCUCUUCUGUCAAUCUUGCCCAGGUACUUCUAAAGGUUCAAUUAAAGCUGUGCACGCAAAUUUUGAUAUGACUGCAUGUGUUGCUUCUUAAUAUACUUGCGAUAUUGGCAGACCUUCUUUUACUUGGACAGAUAGUGAAUGCCUUGCUUGUUUUGGUUAAACUAAAAAUAAGGCUACUAAGGAUGGUAGCGAGUGUUAUUCUGCACCAUCUACUCCUUAAAUAAUGACUUCUAGCUCAUAGAUAAUUUUUAUUUCAACAAUUAUCUUUAUAUUAUCAAUGCUUUUUUGA